AUGGUUACUGGAGCUUCUGCUGGUGGUUUUGGUGGGUUUGGUUCUGCUUCUAUGGUUACUGGAGCUCCUGCUGUUAGUUUUGGUUCUGCUUCUAUAGUUGCUGGAGCUCCUGCUCUUAGUUUUGGUUCUGCUUCUAUGGUUGCUGGAGCUCCUGCUCGUGCUAGUGCUUUUGGGUCUUCUACGCUUACUAGAAAUUCUUCUAGUGCUUUUGGUUCUGCUUCUCAUUCUGGUGGCUUUGGUGUUCCUAUUUUCGGCGGUGGUCAACCAGCGCAACAACAGCAAGCGCAAAUGUCCCAACAGCAAGCGCAAAUGUUCCAACAGCAAACGCAAAGGCAGAUACCGCAGCAACACUCAAUGCAAUGUGCUGAGGUAUCGGAACCAUUCAUUGGUUUAGCUGCUGCCCAUAAUCCCUCUGAGCUGCUUUCUGCUGAAUCGGAUGAAGACUUCUAUGAUGACGAUGAUGCAUUCGAGUUCUUGGAGGACGCUGAUUUAUCAGAUAUCGCGCAACCGCUUACUGAUAACGCUCCCGACGAUUUUGCACGUACAUCAAUCGUCUCGCCGAAUAAGUUGGUUGUAGUUGAUCCAAAAUUGGCAGAAAUCGAAACUCUUUAUAGAUUUAUCAGAUUUCAAUCUUUCGAUGGAUUUUUCAAGCCAACUGCAGAAUUGUCAGGAUUCUUUUCACGCGAAAAGGACAAGAAUUUAUUCCAAAACAAAGAUCAAGAUUCUGUCUGGUCUACUUGUAUUGCUUUGGCCUAUCUUGAGAUCGUAAUGAAAGGGUUCAAGGAAGAGUGGGAAUUGUGUUAUGAAAAAGCGCAGACUGCGUUAGAUGAGUUGAGUGGAUAUGACGCUAGCACCAUUGAGAAGUUGAUGCAAGAUGCUAGAAAGUGGGUUACCGAGUGGUACGCUUAA